AUGGCUUGUCGCACGGUAGGCAGAAGUGAUAGCCGGUCGGCGCAAGUGCGACGGGGAAGCGGCGGGGGUGAGGGGCGUAUCGCAGCCUGGCGAAGCCCAGUCGAGUCCCGUGAGUCCGGGCAAGCACUGCUAUCGAGUAGGUGGCAUCGUGGUGGUGGUGGUGGUGGUAGUGGUGGAGGUGGUGGUGUUAGGCGUCGUCCGGGACCGAGGAGAAAGAGAGAAAGAGAGAGAGAGAGAGAGAAAGAGAGAGAACCGCCAUCGAAUACCGCUGCCGCCGCCGUCGUCAUCAUCGUCAUCGUAGUCAUAGUCGCGGUCGCUGUUGUUGCCAUCUUCGUGUUCUUCGUUAUCGUCGUGCUACUGCCGUCGAGGCGGUGCGUCGCCGUCGCGCGCUCGAUGCCGAAGCGGCGACAUCUGUUCCCGUGUGUUGCCUCCACCACGCACCUGGCCGCGGAUUACCCGGAAAUCAGCGAUCGCCCGUCCCCGUCAACCGAGGAAAGCCGCCCCCUACGGCGUACGUAAAAGGGACGAGAGCGGAAUACGCGUGUACGCGGCGCCGAGAGCCGAGCAGCCGAGAGGAAUCGAACGGGCGCUCGCUCGCGCGCGCGCGCGCGCGAUGAUUCUGCGCGGCUUAGGACUGUUUCGUGAGUGCGAGUGAGAUGGACGAACUGAUAGAGUGAAAACGCACUCUCAGGUGUACACGCAUACACGCGUGCAACGCGCGUGCGUGUCGGACCGCCGUCAUCGGUGAGAACGACAGGAUUGUUUGAAGAAAAAGAGCAGCGAGAAUCGCCGAGUUGUGAUGUUGGGCCCCGCGGCAGCGACGGGUUCCUCGUGGUGAUCAAGUGCUCCGCUACGUAUAUAGUGCGUUUGCGAGGGGAAGAGAAAGAGGAAGAGAAAAGAAGAGACAGAGAGGAACGACGCGUCGGAACCGACGGUCACGAGGCGACCCGGAAUAACGAUAUAAUAGCAAGCCCGCCGGCCGUGUGUGAGUGUGUAUUCGCCGUUCGGAACACGAGGAACGUGUCGAGAACAGGGGAUCCCGGGUGACGUCGGGGGGGCGCGUGCAGAGCUGACUUUGUCCCCCCCCCACCCCUGCGCCUAUAAUCGGCACCCUUGAAGGCUCGCCGCGGUGCUGAGGAGAGGAUCGCUCGCCGAUUUUGCGGUGUGG